CCAGUGGAGCACGUUCUUGUCCGGCGUCGGGACAACACCUGUCACCUCGCCGGGCCAAACGCACCACACCAACAACAGCACCAGUCACUAGUCAGGUGUAUCUCCAGGUGCUGCGUCCACUGGCCAUCCUCCUCUGUUUUCGGCAAUUGCUCUGUCCACUUCCCUUCCCCCAUUAUUUUACACUCCGGAACGAGACGGUAGGUCGUACGAAACUAUAGCGCCAAAAAACGAUCAUGGAAGCAUCCUUCUCCCGUCGCUCCUCAAGAUUCCUCUCUCCCUUCCUCCCUUAUUUCAACCCCCUCUCUUUCUCUUGUCCCUCCCUCCUCCUCCUCCCCCAUUGCCGCAAUCUUCGAUCUCUUUCUCCCUCUCAAUGGCGGCGGUUCUCGGACUACCCACACUGCCGCCGGCGAGAACCAGCUACUUCCCCACCUCGCCCGCCCCUUUCUUCUCUCCUCCCAAGACCCGGAGGCUCAACCAGGCGACCCGGGUCGGCAAGUUCGGAAAUUUCCUCGAGUUGAAACCCGAAUCGACGGCCCCGCAGCUCCUGGAUGGGUUCGAUUCUGAUCUCCCGUGGUUUGCCUCCGGCGACCGGCGUCGCUUCGACGUGGUCGUCGUCGGCGCCGGCCCGGCGGGGCUGCGGCUGGCGGAGCAACUCUCGCGCCGCGGGAUUCGGGUGUGUUGCGUCGAUCCCUCCCCUCUUUCCGUGUGGCCUAACAAUUAUGGGGUCUGGGUCGACGAGUUCGAGGGGUUGGGGCUCGUGGAUUGCUUGGACAAGACGUGGCCUAUGGCUUGUGUCUACAUUGAUGACGGGAAGGCCAAGUAUUUGGACCGGGCUUAUGGUCGCGUCGGUAGGGAGAAAUUGAAGACGAGACUGAUUGAAGGGUGUGUCUCCACUGGGGUUAGAUUCCACAAGGCCAAGGUGUGGAAAAUGGAGCACGAGGAGUUCGAGUCGUCUGUUGUGUGCAGUGACGGCGUCGAGCUGAAAGCGAGCUUGAUCGUCGAUGCGAGUGGCUUUGGGAGUACUUUCAUUGAGUAUGAUAAGCCGAGGAACCAUGGGUAUCAGAUUGCUCAUGGGAUUUUGGCCGAAGUAGAUGAACACCCUUUUGAUUUAGAUAAGAUGGUUCUUAUGGAUUGGAGAGAUUCCCAUCUCGGGAAUGAGCCUUACUUGAGAGCCAACAACUCGAGACUCCCUACUUUCUUGUAUGCCAUGCCCUUCGAUUCGAGCUUAAUAUUUCUGGAAGAGACUUCAUUAGUGAGUAGACCGGUGCUAGCCUAUUCUGAUGUCAAAAAUAGGAUGGUGGCAAGGUUGAGGCACUUGGGGAUUCGGGUCAGAAGAGUGUUGGAGGAUGAGAAAUGCUUGAUCCCCAUGGGAGGUCCUCUCCCGAGAAUCCCUCAGAGUGUGAUGGCUAUUGGCGGUACGUCCGGGAUCGUCCACCCAUCAACUGGGUACAUGGUGGCUCGGACACUAGCUUUAGCGCCGGUUCUAGCUGAGACAAUUGCAGAGUGUCUUGGCUCGACCCGGAUGAUUAGAGGAAGGCCACUUCACCAUAGAGUAUGGAAUGGCCUGUGGCCAGUUGACAGAAGGUGCACUAGAGAGUUUUACCACUUUGGAAUGGAGACUUUGUUGAAACUCGACUUAAAUGGGACUCGGAGGUUCUUUGAUGCAUUCUUUGAUUUGAACCCGUAUUACUGGCAUGGUUUUCUCUCCUCGAGGUUGUCCAUUGGGGAGCUUUUUAUGUUGAGUUUAUCCUUGUUUGGACAUGCCUCCAGCCCAUCCAAGUUUGACAUCAUAACAAAGUGUCCUGCUCCUCUGAUUAAAAUGGUGGGUAAUCUAGCUCUUGAAACAAUAUAAAAACAGAGGAUCGAAGCAAAUUUAUGACUCUUCUUGUACGAGGAAAGAGGUCAAUUCAUUUAGACAGGCAAAUGACCCAAAACAGGUGGACUUUAUUUACUAGGACAGCUGUUGGUACAACAAGCUUCAUUCUGAUGAUAUACACAGAACAUGCAGGCUGCCUAAAUCUGAUGAGUAGAUAAACUCCGCUUGAUGUUUACCAGUCAAAAGGUGAUGUUGCACAUUAGUCUUGCACAUUAGCUGGCUGGAACGCAUCUCCAUUGUGGGCGGAGGAACUGGAUGGAGGCCAUUGGUGGUGAUGGGUACACAGGUCCAUAAGUUGGAGCAGGAAGUAAUGGUGGCUGUGCAUAAGUUGGUGUAGGUGGCACUGGAUACAUUGGAGGCCUCUGUGUUGGUGAUGGCUGCGUUGAGACUGGCGGUGGUUGAUAAGUCGGCGGUGGUCUUUGAGAUGGUGGAGUCCUUGUAGGUGGAUGGGGGGAUGGGAAUACAUACGUGUCUUCUUGGAGACACUGGGUGCCUAUGUUUUGGAUGUGGUGGUUUGUGCACUGGUGGCCGGUGUCGAGGAGAAGGAGGCCUUUGGGUGGGUGGAAAUCUUGGAGGUGUAUGAGUGGGAGGAGGGGACGGGGAAGGUCGAUGUGUGGGUGUCGAUGGCCUUUGCAAGGGUGGGGAGGUCGGUGUUGGAUAUGUUGGCAGCAGCAAUACUGGAGGUUGAUAUGUAGGAGGCGGUGGUGAUGGAUAUGUUGGUGGUGGUGAAGGCAGAGAUUGAUAGGUCAAAGGCAGGGGUGGUGAAGAUGGAGGUAGAUAUAUUGGAGGCUGAGGACGUGGUGAUGUUGGUGGAGAAGGCGGGGGUGGUGAAGGAGGUGGGGGUUGAUAAAGAGGUGGAGGCACUAGUGGCGAAGGAUAUACAGGUGGUGGAGGUUGAUAACUAGGAGGAGGUGGUGGUGAUACCAGAGGUGGAGAUAGUGGUGGUGGAAUAGGUGGAGGCGGUGAUGUUGGUGAAAGAGGUGGGGGAGGUGUUGAAGGAAAUACAGGAGGUGGAGGUGAUGCUAAUAGUGGAGAAGGUGGAGGCGGUGAUGGAUCAGUAGGUGAUGGAGACAGCGGAGUUCCAUAACUUGGAGAGGGUGGCAAUGUUGGAGAAGGUGGGGGUGAAUAAGUAGGAGGAGGAGGAGGAGGUGAAGGAUGUAUGGGUAGUGGAGAAGAUGGAGGUUGAUAAGUAGGAGGGGGAGGAGGUGAUGGUAACGGAGAAGGUGGAGGUUGGUAAAUAGGAGGUGGUGGUGAAGGAUAUGAAGGUGGUGGAGAAGGUGGAGGAUGAUAAAUUGAAGGUGAAGGUGGUGAUACUGGUGGAGAAGGUGGAGGAGAAGGAGGAGGUUGAUAGCUAGGAGGUGGGGGUGGUGAAGUUGGUGGUGGAUAAAUAGGAGGGGGAGGAGGAGAAGGUGGAGGUUGAUAAGUGGGCGGAGGUGGUGAUAAAGUUGGAGGAGACGGGGGUUGAUACGUAGGAGGUGGACUUGGUGUUGGAUAUGCCAGCGGUGGAGAAGCUGGAGGGUGGUAAAUCAGAACUAGGGGAGGUUGAUUAGUAGGAGGUGUAGGUGGACUGAGAACUGGUCUUCUAUGAGGUGGUUGAGACACUAGAGGACAGUGAGUUGGGACUGGAGGCCUGUGCACGGGAGGCAGGCCUGGUCGCCUUUGAGGAGGUGGUGGACUUACAUGUUGUAUGUGAAGUGGUAGAGCACAUCGAGGUUCCGGCGGUGCUGAGCAAACCGCUCUCCGGGGAGAUGGAGGAUGUGACGGCGUAGGGGGUUGAUAUACUGGUGGAGUUGGUUGAGCAACUCGCGGAGGUGGUGCUGAUGGACAUUGAGGAGAUCCAUAUAUUGGCGGUGCUCGAGGUGUUGAAGCUGGUUGGCCCGUAUUUGACGGCGCACCAUGCUGGGGAGGAGCUGAUGGCGGCGAAUGUAAGACAGGAUGUGAUCCAUAACCCGGAUAAGGCGUUCUAGAUACUGGCGGUACUGGGGAUCUGGGUGCUGCUGUUGGAGGCGGAUCAGCCACGAGGACUGGCGGAGGUGGCGGAUGGCCUCCGUAAUACGAUGCAAAGGAUGAACGGGUAGAGGGUUUGGAGGAGUUGAAGGCCCGUCCAUUGUUAUCCUGCCGAUCACUCGCUACAGCACUGAACAAGAUGAUUAGGAUGUACACAACAAUGCCUUCCUUCGACAGUGAAACGCUCAAACUCACUCUCAUUCUGGGCGGGAAGCUAAAAUGCAGGUAAAAUGGCCGAGCUUUUGUAUGCCACUGAAGCGGCCAUGAUUAAAGGAUGGGAUGAACUCAAUGACCAGGACCAUCUUCAAGAUCUGGACUCAAUAUCAGGAGGAGAUGCCGGCAUCUUUCAGCAUGCAGGUAACGGUUCGCGUUGAUACCAGUCCAGACACUCGGUGAAUCUCCUGGUUCUUCUUUCAACCCGUGUCGAGUAUUUCCGUCGAAUGGAAGACAAAUGUUAGAACGGCCCUCCCCUAAAAUGCUCUGUGCUGUCUUCCGUUCUCUCAGCUUUGUCGAUUAAAGCACGGGGUUCCUAGUCAUCUCCAUAUGAAUGCAGUCCACUGCUUCUGAUGUCGCGACCUCUUUCUGAAUCUUUUUCCGGGUUAGCUUCCCCGUGUUAUACAUGGAGGAAGUUCGGCAUGAGGGUGAUGAUUAGCCGAAACGGGCAACAUGAUUAAUGAAACUGGGUAGGGGUCAAUCUGCCUUGGUUUGUCAUGCAAAUCACUCGCCUUUGGCAUGUUCAUUAAAUCUGCUGACCGUUUUGGUCGAAUUUCCAUAUGUUCCAGAUUACAUGCUUUAUUUGCUUGUUGUUUGGCAAUUGCCCAUUAUGAUCUUCUGCUGGUAGAAUUAUGCAAGCCGUCCUUUCA